GCUGUCAAGAUGUCAUCAUAGAUAAGUUCAAUAGGUUGAUAACCAAUGUCUCAAUGAUAAAAUAAGUCAAUUAUAUUGUAAUACAUGUUGCUUGCAACCAGAAUUUAUUCAUUCCAUAAAUAUUAAGCAUAUAUUGUUGGUAUUAUGACUGCUCUAUCAUUCAUCAAGUCAACAAAGGGCAAAGUAAUUCUCGGCACCGUAGCGGCUUUACAUCUGGCAAUUUACGUAGCGAAACCGUCUCAUUUCAAGGGUAAUGAAGAUAAGAAAGGUUAUGAACAGCCGCCGAAAUAUCUUCCUUAGUAACGUACGGCCUUGAGACUUGCGAACCGAUAAUUACUUUACAGAAAAAAUAAAUUAAUUCAUGAAUUAUAAAAGGAGCGUCGUUUUAGUCUCUUGUCUGUUUCGUAAAGUUUGGACGUGUGACAUCACUAGAAAAAUGAGUUCUGGAAAAUACCAAGUCUAUAUUACAAGAUCUGAUAUGCCAGAAUCUGGCAUAGAAUUACUUAAAAAACAAUGUGAUAUUAAAAUGUGGCAUAAGCCGUCUCCUGUUCCUCCCGAAGAGUUUAAGAAAUCAAUACCUGGAGUAAAUGCAAUUUUUUGCACACUCUGUGAUAAAAUAAAUAAGGAAAUUCUUGAUGCCGCUGGACCUGAGCUUAAAGUUGUAGCAACUAUAUCUGUGGGUUUUGAUCACAUUGAUGUUGAAGAAUGUAAGAAACGAGGUAUUAAAAUUGGAUACACACCUAAUGUAUUGACAGAUGCUACUGCUGAACUUACAAUGGCACUGUUACUUUCUACAUCUAGACGACUCCCUGAAGCACAACAUGAAGCUAGAACAGGUGGCUGGGUAUCUUGGGCUCCGACUUGGAUGACAGGCCCUGGCUUAGCUGGGUCUACUGUUGGCAUAGUUGGAUUUGGGCGAAUAGGCCAAGCUGUUGCUAGACGUGUUAAAUCGUUUGGAACUUCAAAAAUCCUUUAUUUCAACCGCAGUGUAAAAGAAGAAGCAAAGGAAGUAGGUGCUAUUAAAGUCAGCUUUGAUGAACUUUUGUCACAGAGCGACUUUGUAAUUUGUUGUGCUCCAUUGGUACCAGAAACUAAUGAAAUCUUCAAUAAAAGUGCAUUUGAGAAGAUGAAAAGAUCUGCUGUUUUUAUCAAUACAAGUCGUGGUGGUACUGUCGAUCAGGAUGCCUUGAUUGAAGCAUUGAAGAAUAAUACAAUAUGGGCUGCAGGAUUGGAUGUAACUACUCCUGAACCUCUACCAUUAGAUAGUCCGCUGUUUAAGCUUAAGAACUGUGUUGUUCUACCUCAUAUUGGGAGUGCUACGAUCCAAACAAGAAAUACAAUGAGUGAAUUGAGCGCAAAUAACAUUCUCACUGCUUUGAAUGGAACUAAUAUGCCAGCAGAAUUAAAGUAAUAUUUUACGGGUUAAAAA